AGGGCCGUGUUUCUGCAUACUCGAGGGUGCGGUCCGAAGAUCAAAUUUCUACGAGGAGUUUAGAGUCCCAGACGACCAAUUUGACCGUCAGUCUGUCCGCGGAACGCUGGCAGCCGGCGUUGCGCGAGUUCGUGGCCAGAAAGCACGACCCUCUGAGAUCGUGCCGGGCUGUGACAUCGUCCGAAUUUCUUCAGGGUUCUCUGUAAAACCCCUGAGUGGGGAGGGGAGAUCUCUCCGCAGGCGACCUUUGAAGGAUUUCAGAAAUGGAAAUGGAUACGGACGCAGGCAAUGAUGUGGCUGGCCGUGCUUUCGAUUACGAUCUUUUUGUGAUCGGUGGGGGCAGUGGUGGCGUCCGCGCAUCUCGUAUGUCGGCCUCCCAUGGUGCCAAGGUUGCUCUGGUAGAGCUUCCAUACCACCCCAUCAGCUCAGAAACCCAUGGAGGACUCGGAGGAACGUGUGUCCUACGUGGAUGCGUCCCGAAAAAAAUUUUGGUGUACGGUUCAGGUUUUAGUCAUGAAUUCCAGGAUGCUAAAGGAUUCGGCUGGGAGAUCGAUGGGGAGAUCAGGUUCAACUGGAAGAAGUUGAUACAGAAUAAGACCAAAGAGAUCGAAAGACUGAAUGGAGUGUACAAGAGGAUGCUUGUAAAUGCCGGGGUUACUCUUUUUGAAGGUUUUGGAAGGAUCGUGGAUAAGCACACUGUGGAGGUCAAAGACGUGGAUGGUCAGACGAAGACGUUUACAACGAAUCACAUCCUAAUUGCUACAGGUGGCAAAGCUGUGAAACUCAAUAUACCUGGUCAGGAGCUAGGUAUAACUUCCGACGAGGGUCUGAGUCUGGAGGAGUUUCCCAAGAAAGUUUUGAUCAUUGGUGGAGGAUACAUUGCAGUAGAGUUCGCGGGCAUAUACAGUGGUAUGGGAGCUGAUGUACAUUUGUGCUACAGGAAGUCAUUACCAUUAGCAGGUUUUGAUACAGAAAUGGCAGAGGUUGUUGCACGAAAUCUGGAGGCAAGGGGGAUCAAGUGUCACAAACACACCAAUAUUGUUAAGCUUGAAUCCCAUUAUCUUGGCAUCAAAGCUACAACAGACACAAAUGAGGAAUAUCAUGUUGAUCAAGUGAUGUUUGCGACGGGCAGGGAGCCGAAGACCGCAAACUUAAACCUGGAGGGAGUAGGUGUAGAGCUGGACGAAGCUGGUGCUAUCAAAGUCAACGAGUACUCUCAAACAUCAAUUCCCAGCAUCUGGGCCGUGGGCGACGUGACGAAUCGUAUCAAUCUAACUCCAGUCGCGCUUAUGGAAGGAACUUGUUUUGCCAAAACCGUCUUUCUUAAGGAACCCACCAAGCCUGAUUAUGAGAAUGUAGCUCACGCUGUUUUCUGUCAACCUCCAUUGUCAUCGGUGGGGUUGACGGAGGAUCAGGUAAAGGCUAAUCACGGCGGUAUCAGAGGAGAGUUCAAGAUCUUUACAUCAUCUUUCAACCCCAUGAAGAACACGGUUUCAGGGCGACAGGAAAAGACCAUGAUGAAAUUGAUUGUGCAUGGGGCAACGGACAAGGUUAUGGGAGCUAUGAUGUGUGGUCCAGAUGCUCCUGAAAUUAUUCAGGGACUGGCUGUGGCUUUAAAGUGCGGAGCUACCAAGGCCCAAUUUGAUGCAACAGUUGGUAUACAUCCAACUGCGGCAGAAGAGUUUGUCACAAUGCGCACCAUGACGAGACAGAUACCAAAGGGGGUGCGGGAUGUUUACCUUCGCGAGUCAAGGGCAUGCCGUACUUCUAUGUCUUCUCUCAGUAAACUCUAGACUGAUUACAUUUUUUUUCAAGUCUUUUAUCUAGGACUGUGCAUCGCUCAAAAUUCUGUGUUGAUCUGCAUUAUUUUUCUAGGAAAGAAGUAAGUAGCGGCGAGCAGUCAGAAGACACGGAGAUGUAAUAUUAGCACGGUACGGUCACAUUGAGUAGCAAGCAAAGAUUGCCCUAUGUUGAAAGAGAUCUGACAUUUGUGGAACAGUGUGAUGAGCAGUCUCCUGUAAAGGAAGGUUGAUUUUAGUAAUAUCAAGACCUAGACAGUGACUUCAGUAUGCGAGGCUAGGAAUUUGAACCUUAUGUAACAAGUACAGUUUAUGUCAGCUUCUAAACUUCAGCAUUUCC